GACGUCAGUCGUCGUCAUGCCUUAGGCGUGGUGCAUCAUGGGAAGCCGAUUGUUCGUGAAGUUUGUGAACGUGAAAGGGAAGAAGUAAAUGCCCGAUGGCACCGCUAGAUUAAAAGUGUCGAUCUACUCGUCAUGUCUGGUUGGUGCCUACCGAGCUCCCCAGCGCUUGCGUCUGAGGACUUCAGCUCGACCCCGCUCAAGUCAGAUGAGCGAAAACACGUCUGCGUACCGGAAAACCUGCUGGGCGACGACAUCCUACCAGAGGACGACGACACUUACUCCUUGUUAUCCCCAAUCUAUCAUGAUAGUUAUGUGAGCGAUGAAGAUGCGCCCAGUACUACUGAGCAACCGCCCAGUGCUACUGAGGAAUCGCCCAGAAGUGAGCAACAGAAUACCACCUCAAGUCAGAUAGAACCUGAAGCCCUCAGUGCCUGGGAAAUGUGGCUGGUAAACAAAGCAAAAGAAGACCAGCUUAAAAUGAAAAUGAAAACCGAGAAGGCGCGCUUACUCAAGGAACAAAAAGAACACGAAGAAAUGGAACUGAAACAGAAAAAGAUCAUGGAGGAAAAAAAGAUCAGAGACUGGCAACAGCUGAAAAGAGAACAGGAAAGACAUAAUCAUCUUCUGAAAAUCAGCAAAGAAGAGGAGCUACGGCAUCAACAGGAAAAACAAAGAGAGUUUCAACAGAAAGCUGAACAGAAGUACAAAGAUUGGCUUCAGAAGAAGAAACAAGAGAGAUUAGAAAAGGAAAAGAAGCAAAAAGAGGAAGCAAGUCUGAGAGAGGAGCAGGAGAAAGAGCGGCGAAGGAAAGCAGAGGAGAACUUUAAGGAAUGGCUGACAAAAUCCAACGAGAAAUGCAAACAAAGUCCAAAACCACCUCAUUAUUCAAAUCCCUGCAGCUUCCACCCAGCACCCGGCUUUUACAACCCAAUCCCAUGGAAGCCCAUCCAUACGCCCCCUCCUGAAACAUCCCCCGAAAACACACCAGGCAACAAACAGAAUCAAAAACAAAGAAGAGGACAUCAAAGCUCAGCAUUUAGAUUCACAAACAGGACAUAUAAAUGACAAAGCUUUGUCCAACUGAAAUGAGAAUCACAUUGUGACAAGGGGAACACUGACAUUUCCUUCUUGAGCUUGUUUUAAAGGAAGGGUAAACCGAUUGUGGUGCCAAAUUCACUAACUAGCCCAGUUUAUGUCCACACUUCCUCCAUUCUUUGGUUUGAACAUCUUAAUCCCCAUCAUUUUUCCUUCUUUUAACAAUACAUACUUUGUUGAAGCCACCAGAGACUCCCAAAAACUUUCCCUUAAUAUUGCAAUCCACUUUGCAACUUCCUUCUCACUGUUUUGAUUGUUGCAUCAUACUCUGAGACAUGCGUUAUCAGAGAAGAUGGCUUGAUGUUCAUUUAAGAGUUUUAUGGUCUUUUGACUCAAUGCCUAUCUCCAUCACCUAACUAUAGUCAUGUCUGUACUCAAAAUAUUCAACUGAUUUCAGAGAUUGA